AAGAGAAAAAUAAAGACAGCGUCAGGCAGAGAACGCCCGGGGCUGGGAGGGAACUUGUCAACAGCUGCAGCCUCGCUGGUUCAGCAUCAGGGCUGCAGCCUGACAAGGGGGUAGGGAAGAGAGAGGAGCCUUACAUCGGUGGUCAUGCUGAAUUUUGGAGCUUCUCCUUUCCAGCUUACUCAGGAAGGAAUGGAGGUGAUAACUGAAAAGCAGCACAUUAGGAGUGAUUUUGAAGCAGUAGAAGCUUUAAUGUCCAUGAGCUGCAGUUGGAAACCGGACUACAAGAAGUACGUUGAACUGAGACCAAUAACACCAGCAUCAGAUACAUCUGAAGAAUUUGAGGACAAUCUGCUACCUGCUACUGACUUUCAAAUAUCAGCCUUUUGCUUGACUCCGCCCUACAGCCCUUCUGACCUUGAAAUGGCUCAGGCAGUCCAUCCUGCUGCACCAGCGCCACCUACUGUAAAGAGCAAGUCACUUGUUGACACUUCUGAGCAGGACGCUCCAACAGCUUUUAAGAAGACUGAAAAAGUUUCAGAAUCGAGAAUGCUGAAAGCACAGGCGACAAGUGUCAUUCGCCAUACAGCCGAUGCUCAGCUUUGCAGUCACAUAACCUGUCCAGCAAGAACAGACAGCAUUUUGAGGUGUCGGGAUGAUUGCACAAGGGAAGCAAGGCAACAAGGCAAAGCAAAAGCGAAACAAGAUCCAUCUUGUGAAACCGUGUCACUGGCUGCUGCAGUGUCUGAAGAUAAGCGGCCAAAUGUGAAAGAAGAAAAACAUUCAGUGUUGACAGUCAGUCCAGUGCCUUUCAUGAAGACCACACUCAGUAGUCCUCUGCCUGGUUCAGCACAACCCUCUUCCCUGGUAGUUCCCACAUCUCCUGUGCAAGCAGGGGGAGUCCCUCCUGUCCCAAUGGUUUGCCAGAUGGUUCCACUGUCUGCUAGCAACUCUGUUGUGACAGCAGUAGUACCCAACACUCCCUGCAGUCAGUUGUCACCAAACCUUUGUCAGCCUAUGGUGUUCAUGGGAGCCCAAGUUCCCAAAGGAGCUGUUAUGUUUGUUGUUCCACAGACUGUUGUUCAGAAUCCAAAAGCACCUGUGAUCAGUCCCAAUGGCACCAGGCUCUCACCUAUUGCUCCUGCUCCAGGUUUUGCUCCUGCUACAACAAAAAUCACUCCAUCCAUUGACUCUUUAAGAAUAAGAAGCCAUGUGUGCAGCUAUCCAGGAUGUGGAAAAACAUAUUUCAAGAGUUCCCAUUUGAAAGCACAUGUUAGAACACACACAGGAGAGAAGCCAUUCAGCUGUAGUUGGAAGGGGUGUGAUAGGAGAUUUGCACGUUCUGAUGAACUGUCUCGCCAUCGCAGAACACACACAGGAGAGAAAAAAUUUGCCUGUCCAAUGUGUAAUCGACGAUUCAUGAGGAGUGACCACUUAACAAAGCAUGCGCGUCGCCACUUGUCAGCCAAGAAGUUACCAAACUGGCAGAUGGAAGUGAGCAAAUUAAAUGAUAUUAUUGUACCUCCUGUUUCUGAUCUUGCACAGUGAAAUAACACCAACUGACAAUACUGUUAACUAACUACUGUCACUGUGGUUGGAGGUUCACGGUGACACAAAACAGCUUGCAAAAUGUCUGUGGUUCUGCACUGUCAUCCUUUGAUGGUGCAAGAACAGACGGAGAGGCAAUGGCUGUCUGUACUUCUGAGAGCAGCAGUGACCAGAAGGGCUGGAGGUUUCCUUUGUACUUGGAGAAGUGGAAGUGUCAAUGCCAGCACAAGAAUGUGGCUUUAAGUGUGGAAAACAAUUCAGCUGCUCAAUGCGUCUAGGUUUAAGCCAGAGAGGUAUGCAGGUGUUGAAACUUGUGAAGAGGUGUUGUAAACAAAAUACGUAAGAAUACCAGUUUAUGAUAUGGAAUCAGGGAUGACCUGUUUAUAGCAGAGUGCUGUAAUUUCCUUUUGGUUUAUUCUCUGAGGCCCAAUUAUGAAGAUGAUGGAAUUCCACUUGAGUACCUCCAUAUCUUAGCAUAUAAACUAAAGCUGUUCCAAACAACUGUUAAGCAUAGACUUGAGUGAGAGAUGUUGUAUGGUUCCAGAGGUGUUAAACUAUUCAAAGUUGAUCUAUUCAAUUAUUACUACAAGCAAGUCCAAUAGUAUUUUUACUGUACCCUUAGACAACAACAUGAUUAGUACCAUUAGCUGUACCAGCAUCUUUGAAUAUUUCUGCUUUUAAGUUGUGUAUUGUUUCCUGUAUACCUAUACAGUUCUAUACCAUUGAAUUUUUCAAAACCUUGAUACAUUGCACUUUGUUUAAAAUAUAAUCCUUAAAGAGUAAACUACGCAGCUUGUAUUAAGCAGGAAGGACAAAGGUUGUAUGGUAUGCUACUUUCUGAAAAGUUACUCUGGGCGAUAGUUUAUGAUAGAAGUAUAUAAGUUGCUUUUAUAUAUUGAAGGUAUAGUUUAAAUUUGAUUAAAAUCAGUAAAAUGGGGUUGGUGUAGGAAAUGGAGAGAGUAAAGACACCAGCCCCAAAUGCUUUUUUCUGCUUUGUAUUGUACCAUACUGAAAAAAGUGAACUAUUGGAGAAUGGUGUAAUAUCUAUUUUGUGACUACUGUACUUUAAAAUUUUUGCACAAUAUUUCUUAUAAUGUACUUUAUACCUUGUUUACAAUAAAGAUACAGUUUUCUUUAAUAUAAAAUGUGUGUGUUCUCACUUAAUUUUCCAAGCAAAUGAAAAAAUUAACAUUAAAACCUAAAUGCAACACUCAUUAAAACAUAUGUGGCCUUUUCUAAAGUCAGUGAACUCACAAUUUGGUUCCACCCUCACAAUCAUGCAGUGUAUAAAUGUUACAAUUUUUUAAAUUAAUAUUAAAAAAAGAUUAUCUAGAGCAGUGUUUCCCAAACCUGAGUCUCCAGCUCCUUUUGGACUACAAUUCCCAUCAUCCGUGACCGCUGGCCUUGCUAGCUAGCAAUGAUGGGAGUUGUAGUCCAAAAACAGCUAGACACCCAAGUUUGGAAAACACUGAUCUAGAGCAUGGUACUGUGCAUCAAAAUUUAUUAGUCCAUAUAUGUUCCCUUCAGUAAGUGCCUGUAAACACAAACCCUGAGUCUUAAAAAUAAUGUUAUAUAUUUGCAUCCAUACUAUAGACCCCAACAUGGAAAAUCUUAUUUGCAGCAUGGUUGAUUAAGCCUGCCCGAUUACAGGCAGGUACCUCUAUGACACUCCUCCCACCCCCACCUUUGUUGGUCUCUUUCAAUUUUGAUUUGUUGAAAAACAAGGGGGGGGGAAUCUAUUUCAUAUUUCUGAUUGCUGGAAUGGGAGGUUGUCCCUUGCUCUUUCUUACAUUAAAAUAAAAGCUUCGUGGUGUGUAUUCUUGCUUGUAAAUUUUUAAAAGAACAUUAGCAGCUUCACACUGGCCAGCAGGCCUGUGCAGAGGGGAAAGGCAGCCGGGUACGCUUCCCCUGGGCCUCAGAGGGCUAAGCUGGUCAGUGGGGGUGCCUGCCAGACAUGCUGUCAUGCCAAGAACACCCCAUGCCUCCCAGACGCCCUUGGGCCUCAGAUAAGCUAUGCACAGGCCUACUAGCCAGCUUAGCUUUAUUAUGCUUGUGUUUGUCCUUCAAUAGGUAUUUCAAGGUGAGGCUGUCCAGAAUGCUGACUGUAGAGAUCUGAAGUGCUCUGGAUGAAUGUUUCCAAGCUAAACAGCAUUUUUUUAAAAAAAAAAAAGUUAAAUGAACCCUUUAGUUUCUAAAAAUGAAAUAAAAUUUGUUA